UGAACAUUCUGCACCUCGUUAGGUGUACUUAAGUGCAAUGGAGAAGAGUAGCCCGGUGAAGCUGUUUGUUGGGAAUCUCCCCUUGGACACUUCUCAGAGUGACCUGGAAGCCCUGUUUGCUCCCUAUGGCGAAAUGGUGGCCUGUAGCAUGCUGAAGCAUUAUGCCUUUGUUCACCUGCUGGGCGACGGAGCUGCCGAACGUGCCAUCAACGACCUGCAUGGCUCAGAGUUUCGUGGUCGCAACCUGGUUGUAGAGGAGCCGCGGUCUAGGAAUCCGAAUGCCACAAAGGUUUUCGUGGGGAAUCUUAGUGCCACCAGUACCACAGAGGACCUACAGGAACUUUUUCAGAAUUAUGGGAAAGUUCUGGAUUGUGUCAAAGUUCAAACCAAAUUCCCAGCAGGUUAUGCUUUUGUUCACAUGGAGAACAAGGAGGAAGCGAUGCUGGCUAUUGAAGCACUUCACGGAUACAUGUUUAAAGGUAGAGCACUGUCCGUUCAGCUCUCCAAGGCAGCGCCUAGCAAACCGCUGGCGACUGUCCCCUGUGCCAGCUGUGGAAAGACAGGCCACUUUGCAGGCGAAUGCCCCGUGUCCAGACCCCUAAUGGAGCACCAUCAGAGCCAGGCAGCUGUGCUUGCAGCUGCUGCCGCUGCUGCCGCUGGCCUACCCUUGCAGGUACAACAAAGCGUCCACAACUCCUUCUACAACACCACAAGCUUUGAUCCCACCUACGCAGCCCUCAAAGGCCUGACUACCUCCAGCAAGGAUGGCAAACCAGUCAGCCCUGCCGUCUACGGCGCGCUAGCCAGCCAGGUUUACGGCUCCGUAGCUAACCAGGUGUUGGGAUCGAGCAGUCAGCCGGCCGAAUACGAAAACCCGCCACCCGCAGAAGCAGCAUAUGGCACUGACGCCGACCCACAGGCCAUCUUUGAAGCAGCGAGGGCACGAUUCUUUGAACAGGGCCAGCAGGUGCUGGCCGAGCAGCAGGCGGUGACCAAGUCAGACCGGGACCGCAGCCCCGUGAGACGCUCUGCUCCCCUACUGCCAGACCCGGUUCCCAAACCUUUCACCCAGGCGCGGCCCAAAAGAAGAGCUUUACUCCCCACGCCGCCUGGAGGACCAGAAGACCCCUCUGCCUUUGACGGAGACCCCAUCUCUAGAUGCUACGCAGAGUACUACAAACAUUACCAACAGUAUCAGCAGUACCAGCCGUACCCGUACUACCCGUACAGCUAUAUGCCUCCGCCUCCAAUGCCCAUGCCGCCUCCAGGCCCGAUGGAUGCCCAGUACCCUGCUGCCCCCGGCACCGUCACCUCACCAAGCGUGUAUGAGCCGCCUCCACCACACAAAGAGCCCCUCCUCCGCCGUUCCGAUAACCCACACCUCCACCCGCCCGAGCCCCCCUACCGAUAGCCCCAUGCAACCACAGACACUCUGAGUUUAUGUGUGUGUGUUGUGGAUGAAUAGAAGAGAAAGAGCUGUGUGAGUGAAUCUGUGAGAGACUGGUAUGGUCCUGCAUAGUAGUCUUCAGGAAAGGGAUGUUUUAAAUCAAAAUUUUGUAUCAUUCAGAGCUGUUGGGGUUUUUUUUUUUUUUUUUUUAUCCACAUUCAGUAGAGGGAUUUAUCACUGCAGUGUUUAGGACACGUUCACAUUUGUUGGUCCUGAUGGUUUGAAACGCUGGGGUGAUGCUUUGACUUGUUUGUCUUUUGUUUUUGUUUAUUUUUUCCUACAGCGACACAAGUGUUUUACCACUAUUCUCUCAAUAUCGACAUUUUUUUUGUUCUUUCUGAACUUAAGAGAAAAUGGCAGACCCAGGAAACAGGUUUAUUAGAGAAGACUUGUGUUCACAGAAUAAGCAGUUGUUGCAUGAGUGUCGUCCCUAUAUGUGUUUUUUUUUUCUUUUCAGUGAUGCCUGAUUUUACUUUAGCUUGAGAAGCACUUUUUGUUCAAAGUCCGACGAGGGAGGGAAGGAGGGAGAGAGGGAGGGAGAGAGUGUACCUUGUGGAAUCCUUAACUGCUUGAUUGCUGGAAUGUUCCAGAAUUUGGAAAUAGCCCUUUACAUGAUCAGAUAAUCAUUUCUAAUUUAGUGGGACAUUUUGAUGAAUGGAAAGCAUUUAACUUGUUUUGUAAGCCCCCAGAGUGUUGUUCAUUUUUUGGGUAGGGAGAGGACGUUGCGGUUACGACUGCCAAGAGAAUAUUCUAGUUUAUUCCCAUAUAUUGCCAUACAUGCUAUGACAAUAUCUUACAUAUUAAACGUUUCAUCUAAUCACCCCACAGGCAUAGAAUAUUUACAUUGUGAGAGGGGAAUAUGCAGUGGACCAGUGUGGAUGGUGUGUGUGGUUGGUGUGUGUACAUACAUAUAUCUAUCUAAGUAUCUAUCUGAAUGUUCAUGAGGAGCGGUUUGGAUGUGAAUACUCAGCUUUUGAUCUUAUACACAACAGUGCUACAUACAGUAACUCAUCAGAUUUCUUUUUCUUAAAUGGGUGGAAUUCUGGGCUGGGGAUGGAUUCAGACUCAGGUGAACGGCAGCAACAUAAUAGCCUGUUUAUAAGCAAUUUUUAAAUACAUACAUACAUGCAUACAUAUAUAUAUAUACACACACUCACAUCUCUCAGACCCAAUUAAAAAAACCCUUCUCUGUGAUGUUAAUGGCCUCACAAUCUCAACUCUGACCAAUAUUGUGAGCGUUGAUGUAAAAUGAUAAUGGGUGAUAUACGCAGACUCUUAUCUAGUGUUCAUUUCCGGAGGUUAACCGCCAAGUUUUCAUAUAGUCAUGGUCACCCAAGUACAGGUACUUACACUGUUGUCUCGCUCUGACUGACUUUAAAUGAGUCGGACGUGUCGUCGGAGCCAAAUUUGAAAAGGAGGACAGGUGGUACAACCUGCUACUCGCAGGAUCAUAGAACAAUCAGCUACCAUCUCAAACCUCUGUUCCUUUUCUGAAAUGGACCGUGGGUGCUCUGGUUGUCAAUAUUAGCUGUCUUGUUCUUCACUGACCCUGUAAAAUAGAGCAGAACAUGUUAUGUUUUUCUUUCCCUUUCAUUGUGAUUUUCCUUUUUUCUUUCUUUUUCUUUUUUUUUUUUUCUUUUUAAACUUGAGGAGUUCAGAAUGAUCCCGUUCAUUAUUUCUUUGAAGCAUUUAUUUUUUCCCUUUUACAUUGACACAUCCAAUCACUAUUCUUCCUUCUUUUUUUGAGGGUCAGACAUGUGGAGUAGUGAGCUGUUUGGCUUAAGAUAUGUUACUUGACUGCUCCUCUUCCACAACGAUGUAAAGACUAGUAGUGAAAGAUGAUGAUGACUGCGUUUGAGAAUUAAUGCCAACUGAAGUGCUUUAUUUGAAUUCUUAUGUAUUUCUGUUCAGAAUUUCAAACAUGUAGAGUGAUGUCCCAAUUCGUAUUUUUAGACGGUUCAAAUUAAAUGUUCAUGGUCAAAUUGAAAACUUGGAGACGGCUGUCUGGAAAGGUCAGUUGUGGUCCUAACUCACCUCGGCCAACUACAAAUGAGUUUCACAAGUCACAUUUGACAGCUUCUUGGAUUCUGUGAGGUCUGUUCUGACUUUCUCACCAGACCAAAACCACUAGUGCAGGAACUCAUGAACUUUUUUUGCCAUCUCUUAGGAAAAGAAAUUUAAAAAAAAAAUCCUUGAUUUCCAGCAGUAAGUCCUAGCUUAAUGCCAUGUUGCUCUC